AUGAGUGAAGAAAAUGAUGAGGUUGAGAUUGGUGAGACUGGACUGGAAAAAACAAUGAGCUCGGAAGAAACAACACAAGAACCUAAGGUAAAUAUGAUUUUUAACACAGUUGAUGAGGUGCUUGAUUUUUAUAAAAAAUAUGCAAAUCGAGUAGGUUUCCCAAUGAAGAAGAGAUCAUCGAAGAAAGGAGAUUGUGGGGAGUUGAAAUAUGUGACUUUAUCAUGUUCUCGAUCAGGGAUCCCGCAAAGUACUGCAAGCAAUGUCUUGAAGCCAUAUCCAAGCAUAAAAUGCAAUUGCAAGGCUCAACUUAGGGCAGGUAUAUGCUUGGAUGGAAGGUGGAAAGUGAACUCGGUCAAACUUGAUCAUAAUCACGGAUUAAAUCCAAACAAUGCUCGAUAUUUUAGAAUGAAUCGUGCAAUAAGUUCGUAUAUGAAAAGGAAGAUUGAAGUGAAUGAUAGAGCUGGAAUAAGAGUAAAUAAGAAUUAUAAUUCAAUGGUAGUUGAAGCCGGAGAGCAUGAGAAUAUGUCAUUCAUGGAAAAGGAUUGUAGAAAUUACAUUAACAAAGUUAGAAGAUUACAACUUGGGGAAGGAGAUGCAACUGCAAUUCAAAAGUAUUUCUUGAAGAUGCAAGCUCAAAAUGCAAAUUUCUUUUAUGCAAUUGAUCUAGAUGAAAGUGGUCGGUUACGAAAUGUGUUUUGGGCAGAUUCUAGGAGUAGGGCAGCAUAUGAGGAAUUUGGUGAUGCCAUUACAUUUGACACGACAUACUUGACAAAUAAGUAUGACAUGCCAUUUGCUCCAUUUGUAGGUGUUAAUCAUCACGGGCAUUCAAUUUUGCUUGGAUGUGGACUGAUUUCAAGUGAAGAUACUGAUACAUUUGUUUGGCUAUUUAAAGUGUGGCUGGCAUGCAUGUCUGGGCUUGCUCCAUGUGGGAUAAUUACUUAUCAAGACAGGGCCAUGAAAAAUGCUAUUGAGAUUGUCUUUCCUAACACUAGGCAUCGUUGGUGCUUAUGGCAUAUAAUGAAGAAGCUUCAUGAAAAGCUUAAGAGUUAUAAACACUAUGAAUCUAUUAAAUUUGCCUUGGAGAACAUUGUGUAUGAUUCAUUGACCAAUAUUGAGUUUGAAGAUCGUUGGAAAGAGAUGAUUGAGAAGUAUGAGUUACAGAGUAAUGAUUGGUUACGAGGCCUAUAUGAUGAAAGACGUCGUUGGGUGCCAAGCUUUGUGAAAGGAAGUUUUUGGGCGGGCAUGUCUACCACACAACGAAGUGAGAGUAUGAAUGCAUUUUUUGAUGACCAUGUAAAUUCUAAGACUACCUUGAAGCAAUUUGUGGAACAAUAUGAAAAUGCAUUGAUGACUAAGGUAGAAAAAGAGAACCAAGCAGAUUAUAAGUCUUCCUCUGCAGAUAUCCAAUGUAGCACCCAUUACUUUAUGGAGAAACAAGCUCAAGGUGUUUACACUAUUGCAAAAUUCAAGGAGUUCCAAAAUGAAUUAACAGGUAAAAUGUAUUGUGAGGUAGUUGAUACCAAGGAAGAUGGUGUGUUUUUAAAGUAUCAGAUAUCUGAAGAUAUGAUAAUUGCGGGGAAAAAAAAGAGUGUAAACUUUACAGUUAUAUUCCAUGAAUUUGACAGCGAAGUUAAGUGCAAUUGUUCCAAGUUUGAGUUUAGGGGAAUACUAUGCAGACAUGCCAUUUAUGUCUUGAUUAAGCAUAAGAUGGAUUUAAUUCCAGAUAAAUACAUCUUGCGAAGAUGGAGGAAAGAUGUGACAAGACGUCACACAAAGAUUAAAAUUAGCUAUAAUGAGUCAAAUGCCACACUUGAAGCACAUCAGUGUGAUAAGAUGCAGAAGACCUUUGAUGAGAUUAAGGAGUUGGCAGCUGAUUCUGAAGAAAAGUGUGUGAUUGUGAUGGCUUGGAUGCAGAAACUAAAGGAGCAAUUGUCUAACCAUGACAACGUUUGUGGGAGUACUCAACCAAUUCCCAAGUCACCAACUGGUAGGAGCUUUGACAAUUGUGUUAAUGAAAUUUCAAAUUCGAAGAAGAUACUUACCCUGUUAGCAGUCAGAAGCAAAGGUUGA